AUGGAGCCUGCUGGUUUCGCUGUUGGCGUCGUCAAGCUCGCUGGUCUCUUCAGUUCCUGUCUAGAGGCCAUUGACAAGGUGCAAUCGCACCGUUCAGCCCGGGCUGAUGCAGACGUGCAAUAUACCAUUUUCAAUGCCGCCAGAGCCCGUUUCGAGCAGUGGGGACGAGGCGUAGGGAUCGAUCAAGGGAGACUGCUGGACGAUCAUCACGCCGCGCUGGACAACGGAGGCAUAUCGACAGCUGUGUGCGGCCUUUUGCGCUUCAUCAUGAAAUUCAUGUGCGACGAGGCAUGGGCUUUCUGGGGCAAGGAGGAACUCACAGAGAAGAUCAAUCUGUUCGAGAACAUAGUACAGGAAUUGCAUAACCUUGUGCCGCCACGAACUGCACAGGGUGCGCGGCAGAUACACAACCCGGACCUUGGGCUGACAGACACUCACACGGAUGUGUUAGCUGAGACACGACGAGAAAUUCACUCGUGGCUUGUUCAACGCCUCCCGAACGACCGCUACCACGACUCCCUUCAACGGAGACUGGUGGGUACCGGCGACUGGUUUUUCUCGCGACCAGCGUUCACACGAUGGCUCUCCCCAGAGCCAGAUACAAACGCGAAGCUGCUGUGGAUCAACGGGCCGCCGGGAUUCGGGAAAACGAUCCUCUGCGCCCGCAUCGUCGAGCACCUGUCUUCCACACCCCAAACGCCCGUCGCCCACUACUUCUUCUCCUUUGAUCUCGAGACCCGUGAUGACCCUUUUUCGAUCAUACGAGCAUGGAUCUCUCAGAUUGUGUCUCGCCAUGAUGAUGCGUUCGAAUACGUCCGUCAAAGGUGGGAAGCGGACUCCGAUCCCGUUCUGACGCAUGCCACUACCCUGGCGAUCUUCAAGCGACUCUUCCACAUUGUUCCUGACUGCAUCUGCGUGGCUGAUGGACUGGAGGAGUGUGUCUCUUCGGACAAAGGAAACACCUCGCUCACGGCGUUCUUUCGAUCUGUUGCAGAUGCCAUUUCUGGAACAAACACUAGGAUCCUUCUAGUAAGCCGCGACGAACAAAAGAUCCGAUCUGCUGUCACAGACAACGCCCUCGACAUCAUCACUGAGUACAAGAUAUCUUCUGACGACGUGCGGCCAGACACGACUGCUGUUGCACAGGAGAUCGUCGACAGGAAGCUACCUAACAAAGGCUAUGAUGUGCGGUCAACUCUCUCCGAAGCAAUGGCCAUUCGAUGUGAAGGCCGGUUCCUCUGGCUUAUGAUGCAAGAGCCCACUCUAAGAAAAGGCAUGAACACCAAACAACUGCAACAGACCAUCAGUCACAGCCCGGCCGGACUCAAUCAUCCCUAA